AUGGAAUGGCUCUUACAGAGCGAGACCGAUGAGCAAGGCCAUGUGGAACUCAAACACGAUGAAGUCACCAUCAUUGCCCACAAUUUCAAAGGAUACGAUGGGCAGUUUAUUUUGAAUUACCUGGUUCACACGGCGUGUAUCAAACCCACCGUCAUCCUGAACGGCAGUAAAAUCUUAUCCAUGCAAGUCUUGGGGUUGAGAUUCAUCGAUUCUUACAACUUUCUACCCUUUGCUCUUGCCAAGAUGCCCUCUGCUUUCGGAUUAACGGAAUUGAAAAAAGGAUAUUUCCCUCACUUUUUCAACACGACAGAGAACCAGCAGUAUGUGGGUCCUUACCCGGCCGCUCAUUUCUACAAUCCUGACGAUAUGUCCACCGCCAAUCGUGAAGCCUUCUAUACUUGGUACCAUCAACAAGAGGGCAAAGUCUUUGAUUUCCAGAAAGAAUUCUUAGCUUACUGCAUCUCGGACGUGGAUAUUUUACGCCGCUGUUGUGCCCAUUUCAAGUCCACCCUGUUUGAUCUGGUGGAAGUAGACCCCUUUCAAGAAUCCAUCACGUUUGCCAGCACGGCUAAUUUAGCCUACCGACGAGGAUUCAUGGAUGAAAAUACCAUCGCCAUCAUUCCUAAUAUGGGCUACCGGCCAGCACGACGAUAUUCAGCUAAAGCUUGUCGAUGGCUCGCCUGGCUAGAACAUCAACAUCACUGCAUACGACAUGCUAGAAAUGGGGGCGAAGUCACGCUUAGACCCUAUACAGUAGAUGGGUAUGAUGAGGAAUCCCGUAUCGUGUACGAAUUCUAUGGCUGUUACUGGCACGGCUGUCCCACCUGUUACCCGAAUCUGUUGACUGACAUGCAUCCUCAUCGUGUUCAGCAUACGUAUCAAGACCUCUACCUGGACACCUUAAAACGAGCCAGUGCUUUAGAAGACCAAGGCUAUACAGUCGUGAGCAUAUGGGAACACGAGUUUGAUCGUCAGACCCAGACCAAUGCCGACUUACAGGAAUUUUUACAAGGAGUCGAUAUACAAGAUCCUUUGAAUCCCCGUGACGCUUUGUACGGAGGCCGGACCAAUGCUACACGACUGUAUUGUGAGGAAGGGGAUAUGCGAUACGUGGAUGUCUGUUCCCUGUACCCGUACGUGUUGAAAUACAAGCCAUUUCCCGUCCAACAUCCCCAAGUCAUCACCAGCCAUUUCACCGAUGUCAGAGACUAUUUCGGGCUCAUUCGUUGUCGUGUCUUACCACCCUGA